CCCAAUGGUUUGGGGAAAUAGUACUGGGAUGGUAAAAAAAAAGUUAGAUUUUGGGGGAAAUGAAAUCUCAGAAGAAUUCUUGGUCUCUCCCCGCUUCCUGAAAUUUUCACUCUCUUUCCAAUUCCCGCGAUACUCUUCCCUCCUUUUACUAUUUGCUCUCUCUCAAAUUCGUCCUUUAGUAGUAUAAGAUUUAUCUCUUUCGAUAGUCAAAACUUUGGAGGUCCCUUUUCAUCUAUCUGGAUUCACUAUCUUCGUAUAGGCAUCUUCUCUUUCUGGGUUGUGUGUUGUCAACAAUUUAUUGCUUGACUGCUCAUAAGUUGCAACUGAAGAUAUAUUCCUUUUUGUUGGGACAGGAAUGUGGUGUUAGGCACGAUGAAUAUACGUUGGAGACUUGUGUAUGAAUGUCUACUGCAUCUUACUGGUUAAUAUAUUAAGUGGGAUUGUGAUGGAGUGCAACAAGGAUGAAGCCCUAAGGGCUAAAGAGCUGGCUGAGAAGAAAAUGCAGAGUAAUGACUUUUUAGGGGCUCAAAAAGUGGCUUUGAAAGCUGAACGGCUUUACCCUCAGCUAGAGAAUAUAUCGCAGCUACUUGCUGUCUGUAAUGUCCACUGUUCAGCUCAGAGCAGUACAGUGGGAUCCGAAAAGGACUGGUAUGGGAUCCUCCAAAUUGAUAUUAUGGCUGACGAAGUGACCAUCAAGAAACAAUACCGGAGACUUGCGCUUGUGCUUCAUCCUGACAAGAACAAGUUUCCAGGUGCAGAAGCAGCUUUCAAGCUAAUUGGGGAAUCAAAUAUGGUGCUUUCAGACCCGACAAAAAGGGCUUUGUAUGAUAGUAAGUACAGGGUUUUAUCCAAAGGUGCAGCAGCAAAGCGACAGGUUAAUCGAAAUCCUUCGACUAGACAAAAUAAUAGUCCAAAUGGUUUUGGUACGCAGUCCAGUAAUCUGAAUAAUAUUCAGAAAACACAAACAACUUCAUCAGCAAUGCCGGAAACAUUCUGGACGGGAUGUCCUUUUUGCAAUAUUAGGUACCAGUACUACAAGAGUUUUGUGAACAGAGCUUUACGCUGCCAAAAAUGCUCAAAGCCUUUCAUUGCAUAUGAUUUAGGUUCUCAAGGUGCUCCUCUUGGACCUAAAUGGAGUCAUCCUGGCAGUCAGGAUGUGCCUCAUAGGUCAAACAUGAGCCAGCCUUUUCAGCAGAAAGGUGUUUUCAACCAUGGAACCUCAAGAAUGGCAGCCGGAGCUGGGUUUACACCUGCCCAAAUGGGAUCUCAACAGUGUCCUAGCAGUAAAAAAAUGGCAUCACAACCAGAUGUACGGAGAGAAAAGACUGCUCAGCUAUUUGAGGAUUUAAAGGCUAAAGGGAAGGCUGACAAGUAUGACAAGGAAAUGGGCAAUACAAAUGAAGGGGCUGCUAUGCCAAAGGUUAAUAAAAAAAACAGGAAAAGGAGUAGGAAGCAGACAGUUGAAUCAAGUGAGAGCAUUGAUACUUCAAGCAGCACUGAGCCUGAAAUUACGGACAUCGAGUCUGGUAGCUAUCCACCUGCUGGAGAAGAUUUUGAAUUUGAUGGUUUUGGCCCUAGGAGAUCUUCUCGCCUACGGCAGAAUGUCUCCUAUAAAGAAGGUGCAAGUGAUGACGAGAAUGAUUUGGCAAACCCUCUGAAGAAGGUAUGGGAUAACCAAUCAGCUGGAGAUGAUACUUCAAAGCAGAAAGAAGCAGUGAGUGGUGAUGACUUGAGGAAUGCCAAACCAACUGAUUUUCAUGGUAAUUCCAAAGCAAAGGCUACUCAAAAUGGAGAAGCCCCUCCUAAAGCAAACGUGCAAAAUGAAAAUGCCAACAGUAGGAAAUUUGACAAACAGGCUGCUGGACCUCCAUCAAGUGGGGUGGAAAAAGUUGAAGUUGUUGAUUCUGAUUCAGAACCAGAUAGUGAACCUUCUGAUGAUCCUCCAGAGUUAUAUGAGUGUCCUGAUCCAGAGUUUAGUGAUUUUGAUAAGCACAGGGAAGAAAGUUGCUUUGCUGUUGACCAAAUCUGGGCUUGUUAUGAUACAGCUGAUGGAAUGCCAAGAUUCUAUUGUCAGAUUAGGAAAGUUCUGUCUCCUGAAUUUGAGCUACGGAUCACUUGGCUUGAGGCUAAUCCAGAGGAUCAAGGAGACAUGGAGUGGGUAGAGGCAGAGUUGCCUGCUGGUUGUGGGAAAUUUAGACGUGGGAAUUCUCAAAUCACUAAUGAUCGUCUUAUAUUCUCUCACUUAGUGCAGUGCGAAAAGGGUAAGAGAGGUGCAUUCUUCGUAUUUCCUAGGGAAGGGGAGAUAUGGGCUCUCUUUAAAAAUUGGGAUAUUGGUUGGAGCUCCAACCCAGAAAAACAUGGUAAGUACAAGUAUGAAAUUGUGGAGGUACUUUCUGAUUUUGUUAAGGGUGUUGGUAUAAAAGUGAAUUACCUGGAUAAGGUGAGUGGAUUUGUUAGCCUUUUCCAUCCCACCAGCCAGACUAAGGUUGGCUCAUUUUUGGUAAAGCCAAAUGAACUUUACAAGUUCUCUCAUCAAAUCCCAUCUUUCAGAAUGACUGGAACUGAAAAAGAGGGUGUACCUGUGGGAUCAUUUGAACUUGAUCCCGCUUCUUUACCUCUUAAUCCAGAUGACAUUUGUUGCCCUGAGAAACUGAAUAAAGACAGCAGAAAUGCAAAAUCUGAGGCGGAGAAUGUGACCACACCUAAGAAGUUUGUGGAAUUGAAAGGAAUGGGUGCUACUGAUGGAGAGUCAUCUAAGGUUCGAAGAUCUCCCAGGAGUGUGAAUAUCUCCAUGACUAGAAAAUUGUAGACAUGACAGAUUCUUUCUUCUGCUUUGUUUGCUCAGUGAAGCUUUCAUUGGGUUAGACUCAUGUAUUUUGUCAUCGGUAUAACUUUUAGGGAUACAAGUAGGAUUAAGAGAGCAGUUGCCUCUGGCCUGAACUCUUUUUUGACAGCAGUAUGUGUUCCUGCAACUUUUAUUGCUAGUGUAUGUUCUUUGUGUAGUUUUUGCUGAAUCAAUGGUAUUUUCAGAUUAUUUCGUGAGAGAUGGAUCCAGGAUAUUUAGUUUGAACAAUACUGUGCUUGUUAAGGCAUUGUAGGUUUUAUUAAUAUCUUGCAAGGGAAACAGAGCGUGAAAAGUUUGUAGUCCA